CACGCUCACAGGUCUCGCAAAAGCGCGGCACGGCCGUGCCAACGUGCGUCGAUCCUCGAUCCCGACGGCCGUGACGACAUUUAAACCCCCCCAGACCCCAGUACGCCUCGCUCCCACUCCAAAACCUCACUCCCCCCGCCUCCACUUCCUGACAUCUUCUCGAUCGCCAGCAAAAGUUCAAACUCCAAACUUCAAUUCAAGAGUCAAGACUCCCCCGCUCCUCCUACGCGUGCUUCUCCUUGUGUAUACAGGAACCGGAGGAGAGGCACUUGAGGACCAUGGAGAUGAGCUACGGGCGGAAGCGGUCGUCGUGGAAGAAGGGCCCGACCAGGGGAAAGGGCGGGCCGCAGAACGCGGCGUGCGAGUACCGUGGCGUGCGGCAGCGGACGUGGGGCAAGUGGGUGGCGGAGAUCCGCGAGCCCAACAAGCGCACCCGCGUCUGGCUCGGCUCCUUCGCCACCGCCGAGGAGGCCGCGCUCGCCUACGACGAGGCCGCCCGCAGGCUCUACGGGCCCGACGCCUUCCUCAACCUCCCCCACCUCCGGGCCGUCGCCUCUGGGCCCGCCGCGGCCCAGCACCACCAGCACCGGGGCCAGCUCGUCCGUUGGCUCCCGGCCUCCUCCGGCGCCAGGGCCAGCCCUGGCGGCGCCGCUGGCGUGCCGGCCUACGGGCUCCUCAACCUCAACGCGCAGCACAACGUGCACGUCAUACACCAGAGGCUCCAGGAGAUCAAGAACUCCUCCUCCAAGCCGGCAUCUAGCAAGAUUAUUACAACUCCUUCGCCGUCCGACCAGCUGCUGCUGCAUCCUGCUCUCCCGGCUUCGUCUCCUUCUUCCACCGUGACCACCACCACCAACGCUAUGCCUCCGUCUGCAGCUGAUUCUUCGGUGUCCUGCUUCCAAGCCCUGGAGCUGGGCGUGACCGGGGCCGAGACCGAGAGCGCGCCGUGCUCGGAGGCGCAUGGCUUCGGCGGCGACAAGCCUCAGCUCGACCUCAAGGAGUUCUUGCAGCAGAUAGGCGUGCUCCGGCACGACGACAACGACGGCGCGCGUGGGAAGGACAACGGCGAGGCGGCAGCGGCGGACGGGUUCGGGUUCGGCGGCAACGGCGGGGAGUUCGACUGGGACGCUCUGGCAGCCGACAUGAGCGACAUCGCGGGCGGGCACGGCGUCAGCGGCGGUCUGGGCCUGGGCGUGGGCGUCAACGGAGUGUUCAACAUGGACGAUCUCGAGCAGUUCGGCUGCACCUACAUGCCCGUCCCUGUGUGGGACAUCUGAACUUCUUUGCCCAUGCACAAGUCUCCUUUCUCCUUGGUUAAUUUGCAUGCAUGCUUCCUGUCUGUAUGAACUAUGCAGUGUGUGUCUGUCUAAUCUGCAUGCAGUGUCAUGUGUUCGUUGCGAGGUUUAGCUCGCUUCUACAGUAGUUCGUGUAGUCUGAAUGGCUACUAUGAGUUUCCAUGAAUCUGCAAUAAGUUUUUAGAUCUGUUAUUCUAGAGUUAGAACAAUAUGCAGGCAUCUUCUAUCAGCUUC